GACUAUCUUAUUGUAAGACUUACUGGAGCUUCAUUCGCUCUUGACAUACGGUUAUACAAGCAUUUUUCCUUUAUCAGCAUUUCUAAGAACACCUGCGGCAUUGGUAGCAUUAGCAAUACUUUAAGUCAAAGUUGCCACGUCCAUAUCUCUAUAAUCGCAAUUGCAACAGUAAAGAGGUAGACUGCAGGAAUUUCCUGGUAUACAUUGAUAAUAUCGAAGCGAAGAGAACAACAUGGAUACGCCAUGGGAGAUUACUUUCAGAGACGCCCUAAACUAUCUCAAUCAAAUUCGUGAUGCUUUCCAAUACACUAAACCGGGAAUGAAAAACGAGUUGCUGGACAUCCUGCGUGCAUUUGUAAUACAUCGUUCGCACAGGGCGACGACCCUCCAGUGGACGAACCUUUUGGACGUCAAUCAUCUUGAUAUAAUUCAUGGGUUUAAAGCUUUUCUGCCAGUUGAGGAAGCCAAGCAGCUGGUCGAUCUCAGAAUCUUGUAUUUGUCUUUGCAAAAUUGGUUGAAAACAAGCAUGGAAGUGGACUGGAGUCAUCCGGAUUGGUCUCGGAUUUGGGAUUCGAUAGGAGAGUGAUGAUAUUAACCAGGGUGUAUUGGAAAAAUGGGAUAGCGUCUAUAUUUGCUUUUGGAAGAGCCUGUAAUUGAUGAGCAGUACGGCCAUAUGUAGCAAAUCGAUCUCUCUUGAACCUCGGA